AUGGCGUCUUCUUUUCGAGUAGCACUGGCUGAAGCGGCAUGCUCUCCUAUCGCCGGCAAGAAUAAGCCUACGAAAUUUCGACACUAUUUUGAAUCCAUUUUAUCAUCAAGGAAGCAGGGACGUAGAGACUUGCGCUCACCAUGUAGCCAAAGACAGAUCAGAUCAUUUCACCAUGGACUCCCCCUUGCCAGAUACACUUUCGGCGUCGCUGCCUCAUAUUCUGCUAAAAACGAACGCUUCGAUUCGAAUAAGAAUACAUAUACCUUCGCUUAUGAAGACAGCUACACACAGCGAAAAGAUAAAAGUAAGCGUCCGGCAAGUGGUCAGGAUUCAUUUUUUGUCAGCCGAGUUGGUGAGAGCUCGGAUGUAGCAUUGGGUGUCGCUGAUGGUGUGGGAAGCUGGGGAGAUAUAGGCGUUGACCCGGGCGAUUUCUCCCAUGGAAUUUGCGACUUCAUGGCAUACGCAUCUUCAACCUAUGACAAAGAUAAUACGAAAGCAAAGUUUGGAGCUAGAAGCUUGAUGCAGCGCGGCUAUGAAGGUAUCAGCAAGGAUAAAUCAGUGUUAGCUGGGAGUAGUACUGCGUGUGUUGCCGUGGCAAGAGGCGACGGGAACUUGGAGGUGGCGAAUUUAGGCGACUCAGGCUUCAUUCAGCUAAGAUUGAACGCUAUUCAUAACGCCUCUGAGCCGCAGACACAUGGCUUUAACACACCGUAUCAGCUAGCUGUUGUUCCUGACUUUAUGAAACGCAAGUCAUCCCUAUUUGGCGGGCCAUAUCUCUCGGAUUUACCCCAGGAUGCCAUCGUCUCACAGUGUUGUUUGCAGCACGGUGAUGUGCUAAUGUUUGCGAGUGACGGUGUCUGGGAUAAUUUGUCCAGAUCCGAAAUACUGAAGAUUGUAUCAAAGAUCAUGCUCGAGAACCAAGCCUGGAAACAUACGUCAGACGGAAUCUGCGUUGGCCAGGACUUAUCGACAUUUCUACGCUCUAGUUCAGGUGCUAGUCUGCAGAGUGCUCUAGCAGUAAGCAUCACGACGGAAUCCAAGGUAGCCAGCAUGAGUGUCAGCCGAGAUGGACCAUUUGCGAGAGAGGUCCACAAAUAUUAUCCUCAGGAGAACUAUAGAGGGGGCAAGGUUGACGAUAUUUGUGUACUUGUUGCCAUCGCAUGCGAGGAGUGA